CAUAGUACAAAGACAUUAUAUUUAUGCUCGGAUAGUCAGGUUUGUAUUUUAUUUUUUGGAAAAUGCAGUGCGAUAUAAACACAGACUAUAUAUGGUGUUAUCUCCAGACAUUGUUGUUUGAAUUUUGCGUGGCCAGAAAGAUUUUAUUUUCUCUUGUCACUUUAUUACCUUACUAGUCAUUUAGAGCGAGCCUCGAACAAAACAACGAAAAUGACUAGAGCAUACUGAUUUUAAACCUUGAGGCAUGAAAAAUAGGUUUAAAAUAUUUUGCUACUUACGUGGUAUUAUAUUAGCAAAACUUCAUGGUACAAUAUUUCCUUCUUAUCAUCAACACCUAUUUAACCCCAUUUACAUAUUGGUUUUACAGACAUUUUUUUUAUCAUCGUUUUCGCUCUGCCGAGUGGAGGGCACUAAAAAAGAUUCUUCUUUCUUGCGUCUUGCAUGUGGAAGCCAUUUACUUUGCCCCUCAAAAUUUCACAUGAACGAUUGUUUUUAUAUUUUAAUAAAUGGCAUUUCCGCAGCUCUUCAGUUCUGCAGGCGUAAAUGUUUGUCCUAGUUGAAGUUUUUAACACCCUUGGUGUAUUCAGUGAUUUUUCUCAAAGAAGAAACAUUUGAGCAUUUUAACAUCUUUUAACGAUCGGUGGCGAUGAACUUCUAAACAAUUAGUGGUAUAUUAUAAUUCAUUUCAAAAAUCUCCUUGAAACCGAAGCAAAAAUAUCAUUAAGGUUUUAAGGAAGAAACAUGAUUCAACGUUUAGAACUUCAGUAUCAAAAUCGUCACAUUUUCUAACAUAAACUUAUUUCAGGAUGCGUCACUUUCCGUGCCAGCGUCGAAAAACCGGACGACAUCGAUUAUUCUGAUUUUCAAUUUUUAUUGUUUAGUAGUCUUUCAGCUUCUCAUGUUUAUGAAAAGAGUUAAAAAUAAUGCAUUAGAAGGGAAUAAAUUCUUUGUCUUUUGUUGCCAGGCUCAUUUGUCUUGACCAAUAAAAUGCAAGCUACCGUCACUGUGUUAAACACUCAAUUUAUUCAAUCAUAGAAGAUAGCCUAGAAAUCUCUUUAUCGUGUGAAGAAGCGCUUUGCCUCCAGCUAAAAUAUACAGUAGUACGAACAACUUUAACAAGCCUGCUAAGAUCAAACCAUUCUCUUUGAAACAUAGCAGGAAACAUGCAGUACUGAAGAGAUAAUAGUCAGGAUAUCAGCCUUAAUAACUAAAAAUAAAUUGACUAAAGAAAAACAUGACUUGAAACACCUGUAUACUUUCACCCCACUCUCCCACCCCCUCCUCCCCCAAAUAUCCAGGUUAUCUGGAUAUGGAAUGAAGCGACCUUCCCUGUUUUUGAAAUUUUCUCUCGCCGAUACUCAGUGUUAACAGUCUAUUUGAAUAAUCGCAUUAGGGCAAUACAUGCCGCCUUUUCCCCGAAAAACAGAUCCCAACAAAAACCGGGCCAAUACCCCGCUCGUGGAGAACUUUUUUCAUAACUCAUAACUGUUUUAUAACUUCAAGGAAUGUCUUAUUUUCCGACCGUAAAGAGAACGUUUCGAGAUACCUGGUGACAUCAGGCUUUAAAACGGUGACGUUGAGCUUUCUGUUUUGUCGUUGGUUUUCCUUUUUUUUUUCUUCUAGUUUGUCAUCAUAUUAAAAAACCAAUCGCCUUUUGAUUAAAACACUUCCUUAUCAAACUGAAUGUAGCUUUAAGAAGGAAAUUGUUUCGACGCUAGAUUGUUGCGAUUUGGGGUUAUUUGCAUUUGCCAGAUGGAAAACGAAGUUAUAAUUCCAUUUUGAUUUCAAGGAAGGAAUCAUCGUAAGAAGAAAAUUUUACGGAAUAUUAAUAAUAAAGAGAAGCUAGUCAGAAAGAAUUGACAAAAGUGCAGGUUAGUUAAACAAUGACUUAAUGCAUAUAGGUAAUCUUCAAUUCUCAAGCGCUCAAAAUGUGAUAAUGCCGUCAAAACUCCCACGUUUUUUAUAUCAGGGCCGCACACCUUUUUUAUUCCACUUGAUAGAAUUAUACGGACCUCUGUAUCAUCCCAACUCAUUUUGAUAAAUAAAAAGAAAUAAUUGAAGGCAGGUCACGUAGUAAACAAAUAAGAUUCGACCCCUUGAUAUCACUUUGACGUCGAGAUUCUGCUUUGACGCACGAAAGUAACUCACUAGAACUAACUAGAACUUCUCAGCAAGGUUCGCACUUUUCUUAUAAGCGGUUUUCUAUAGAAAAUAGUAUCUGUAAUCUCAUGUUAAAAUGAAAUGGAUUAAUACGCUGCCUUUACUAAAACCCGUCAUAUAACCCAGUAUAUAAUCUUAUUAGAUACGUUAAGGCACAUAAUUUAUCCUUAUUACGUACAUCCCAGCGAAGUCUCUUUUUUUCCUCGACCCCAUUAAAAGUCUUUCUUAUCAAAUGCGUUGGUUUAUCGCUAGCAUUUUCAGUUAUUAUUGUUUGUUUCGUGCCGACCACGAAAUACGGAAAAUCAAACGUGUUCUUUGGAUCGUUUUUAUUCUUUUUUACUGGCCAGUCGUGGUUGUAAACAUAAACCGCUACAUCAUUAGCCGGAAAAAAAAUGUUAAAAACAUGUACCGACGGUGCCAAAUCAACUGCGUAGCAUAACGUAAAUGGGACAUUAAGAGCAAACAGCUUCUUUUGUAUUGUUUUCUCAAUUGUAUUAAAGCCACAAUUCAAAUUCUCUCGACCUACGCAUGGUCUUGUCCAAUCCGUGAACCAUCGCAGCUUUCUGAAAUGCAAAUGUAAACUCAAGCAUUUUCUUCCCAAAGUGGAGCUGUUAUCCCGCGUUCUUUAUUCGCAAAAGAGAUGAUUGCAGGCAUAACAAUGAUGAUUGUGUACUCUUAAGUUCUAGGGUUAUUGUCUGACGAACUAAAGAAAAGUGAAAUUUUAAUCAGACAGACUGCUGGAUGUCCAAAUUUGCAUGUGUCGUAUAAUAGCUUUUCAGGUACUAUUCCCUUUGUUUUUGGAGCUGACGACCAGAUAUAAACAAGGCCUUGAACUUGGGAGACUGUAAAAACAACAUAUUCCGCUCUUAAAAAUCUUCAAACUUUUCUCUGUGUAACGGGCUCGACCUUCUGACUUCAUGGGCCAUAAUCAAGGUAUGUCUUAAAGCUGAGAAAAGACAAAAACAACCUAUGUUUAGUGUACGUUGUUUUAUAGGUUUUCUUUUUUACGUACACUUUAAUACUACAACGAAUUAUUUGCAAGACACAAGUGAAACUACCGCUGCAACCGCAAAUAUCUUUUUUUUCAGAGUUUUAUAACUGCCUGAAACUUAGUGGUGAAAUUUUAAAAAGUGAACUUCUUUCCUUAAUACAGGUAGUAUAAAGCCUUUAGAAUUAGCCUAAAGGAUUAUAGCAUCGUAGAGCGAUUUGAAUGUAAACCGUGGGAAUAACGUUAGAAAACAGGUCGUUGGCCAAGAUUGUUUUCAUUUGAUUUUGAAGCUGUAAGAAAAGUAGUAAGUAAUCAAAUCUUGGUCUUACUUAACCGAUGAAAUUUUUACCAAAAAUCGGUUCAUAGACUGCAACUGAACUAACUAGUCGUGUAGGUAUCGAUCGGUAUGAACCUAACAAUUUAACUCAUCGGUGCAUGAUAAACAUCGAAUUUCUCCUUAACUGUAUUCAUCGAUGGGAAAACGGAUAAGUUUUGACUAACACAAGCCACUACAGGCAACAAAACCGAUCAACAGGAGGUACAUGAUCCUAUCGCUAGGGUUUCUUUCGACAGACUUAAGUUCGUAAAGUUAUUAGAAAACAUGUAAACAUUUUGUUUGAUCAGCAGAGUUCGAAUAGUAAAUUGGUUAGUGUAAAAAGCCUUGGCUUUAAGUGUUCAGACGUCUUUCCAAUAGUGGGGGUGAUAGUACACGAUAAACUCAGAACUCAACCAAAGUUCUGACGUACUUAUCAGUUCCCUGUGUGCACCAUUGCACGUAUCCUACCAAUACAAGAACAAAAAACAGUGAAGUAGAGUAUUCCAGAAAGCUAAGUUUCUUCUAUUAUGUCUAUGGCUGUUAAUUCUGAGAGCCAAGUAUACUCAGGGGCGACUCUAGAAAAUUCAGAAAUGGGUGGCCAGGACACUUUCCCACUUGCAAGCUAUUUAGAUGCUUUUUAUUUUCUGAGAAUUAUAUAAAAAUAAUACAAAAUUUCAAACAAAAAGGGGUGACCGCGACCCCCUCGGCCAGCCCCUAAAUCCGCCCUUGCUAGUGAGCAGUUCUUUCCUGUGGUACUGUUUAUAACACUGAGUGCAAGGUGUUCUUGGCUAUUCUUAAUUCUGUGGCAAAUUUCAAAACUGUGAACAUGCAAAAAUUUUCGCUGGUAUAGAAGUAUUUUUUUGGAGCGCACGUUUUAAUAACUGGAACUCGAGCAGCUGUACAGAGUUUCCAAGGGAGAACAACGCCCCCUCCCCCCCCCCCCCCCCCCCCCCCCCCGGGGAAAUUUUUUCCCCUUGCCCCAGUUUUUGUUCCCCCGCCCGCGGGGGGGGGGGGGGGGGUCUUUUUUGCGGGGGGGGUUGGGCGCACAGGGACGGUGUCCAACUUCUUCGUCCCUCCCUCGGCGCGACCCAAAACACCCACUCGGUUUUUUCUCUCUGUUGCCCCGCACCACCAAACGCCUUUUAUUUUUGGUGAAAAUUUAAACAUGUGAGUAAGUAAAAAAUUUUUCUGUUGUUAGGAGUGUUUUUUUGGAGGGCCCUUUUUAAAAACUGGGACCCAGGAGCGUUACAAAGUUUUCCAGGGGGGAACAACCCCCCCCCCCCCCCCCCCCCCCCGCUUCCACUCGGGAGAAUUUUAUACCGCUGACGUAUUGUUGUAGCCCACGUCGCUGGUGGGGGGACCGGGGUACUUUUUCGGCGGCGGAGCUUCGCUAGCAGUGACUUGAUCCUAAUGUUCUCUCAGCUCCGCGGCCCAAACGAAAGCACUCGCUCGAUUCUUUGCAGUACUGGCCCGCUAAUCCCAACAGCUAGGCAGGCUGGUAUUAAUGUAAAUAAAAAUAAUUCAAAAUGAAUGUUGCUCCGCAAGUUUGUCAGCGGAACAACCCGCAAAAACCAAACCGACGGCUUAAUUUUUAAUGACCAGGUUUUUAAACACCUCAAUUGUCAUAAACAGUCCGAGUGUUUUCCAAAAGAGAUAACGGCUAUAUAUUUACGACAAUGUAUAACAACGAGGAAAAAUCUCAAAAAUAAAGAACGAAAUGUCCUAGGGAAGGUUCGUAGAAUGAACUUAGUAGGACGAUAUUGCCUCCAUUCCAUGCAAUAAACACCAGCUCACUGAAAGUUGGAAGUGAUUGCCCUAAACAUCUAUUGUCUGAAAGGAACGUUUUGACAGGUAACGUGGAAAACGUAAGUAUAAACAAUUGACUGUGGAAGCUCUUUCGUUUAGUCGUUUCCCUGUAACUACAUUUAGUAGAUCGAAGGAAGUUUUGGUUCGUACCGAAAUUUGAGGUCAUCUAACCAGUUCUCUGAAAAUUCUUUAAACAAUUUCAUAACUAAGGUUAAAAAACGGCUCUAAGUUGGUACAGUUUUCCUAACAAAUUCAUUUCGAAAAAUGAUCUCUACUUUACAGCUGUGUAUUUAAGUCACUUUUCAUUGUAUACAAUCCUUGACCAUUCACUUACGUCAUUUUCUACGAGUAUAUAAGAUGUCAAACAACUGCUUCUCAUCACUCACUUUUGUAGACUUGUAAAAUCGAUUUAAUUUUGAAAAAAAAAUGAAAAUAUUUGAAACCCAGAUAACAUGCAAACGGUUUUCCUUUCAAAGUAAAUAAAUCAAAGGAACUAGUUUAAAAGCAGCGAGCAUAACGUAAAGAUAACUGCUUUUCAAUAGUUGAAACCUCAACUCAUGAUGAAUUAGACAUGCCCAAGGACUUAUCAGUGCUAAACAAAACUCUUGGGCUCCAGCAGUUAUCCGAAAAUACAGUACCACAGUUUCCCUUUUGUGUUUGUCAACGUUUCUGCUCUCAAUUUUUACUUCUUAACGUCAUCAGUUAUCGUAUCAUACAACGCCAAGAGAGAGGGGAAAAAAAUUUCUCUUCUUUGAAAUUCUCAGAAUUAAGUUCUGGUUUUCAAGACCCGAUAAAUUGAUUUUUGCAAGCCUUAUUCCUUAAUAAACAGGACGAAGUAAGUGACUAUAGUUUCGCUAGCUUGCUUACUUUAGAUUAAAUAUAAAGGAGAGGUGGAAAUUGAUGAGUGUUGUACUGAUGUAUGCACCUAUUAAUAGUUAUACUUAAAGUAUCUUAAAAUGAUGAUGACUUUUGUGGUUUCGUUUUCUGGAAAACUAAUUUAAAACAUAGAUUACGUCUUUGACAAGACGUAAUGAGAUGUUAUAAGCCGUAUUAGAUAACUACUAUGACUGUCUCCUGCGACUGCGCAAUGGACUAACAUCAGGGCGUCAAUGGGGUGGUGGAGUGGUAACUUUGACGGUUGGCGGUUACAUUUUAGAGCUUUUGACGGUUGACGGUUAUUUAAUAACUAAAAAUUUAGUUCAAGGAAUUAACUUAAUAUUAAUUUCAGUAUAAUUAAUAUUAACUUUUGUGUCUUAGAGGUUGUCUUGGCCUUUCGCUUUUAAAAUUCUAAAUAUUUUCAGAUAUAAGCAGGUUGUAAGGUCUUGUAAUGUCUAAAGAGUGUGUUUCUGAGAACAUGGAAACUAAGUUUUUCAGUUAAGAGAUUCUUCAGAAGGCUUGGAGUCCGUGAAGAUCAGCUAAAAUAGUGAAAAUUAAGAUACCUUAAAGCCUUUUGACGGUUAAUACUAACCUGUGACGUUUGACGGUAAAAUAUAACCUUUUUUGUCGACUGACAGUUAAAUUUUAGGCCGUUUGACGGCUGACGGUUAACCCCAUUGAGACCCUCUAACAUGAAAACAUAGGCUGACAUGACUGACUACUAGUUAGGAGGCAGUGCAUAACUCCCAUUGUUAUAUAGCUGGAAAUUUCUUCUCACAGCGAGCGCGGGGGCGGGGGGUACUUCCUUAUAAGAGUCUAAUGGGUAUGUGCCGCUGGUUACUUCGAGGUUACAUGACAUCUAACAAUGAAACUGUUUCCCGCCAAAAUCUCUGAGAGGGCAAAAUUGCAAAAAAUGACGUCCGAGGGUAACAAUGCAAUGUUACCCGCGAAUGUUGACUGAUGACCGCCGUUACAGCGAGGUUUAAUGAAUUUUCAGCUUCAAAAUUUCCAGCUAUAUAACAAAUCACUUAAAGACUGGUCUCUCGGGAAACAGUAACCUCGUGACGUGACCAGUCAUUAAGUGUUUAUUGUUUCGACCCAAAACCUAUGAAAUUGUUCUGUUUCUUUUAUGAUUAAACAUCGGCUUGUGGGCGACCUUUCUUUGACAUAUUACUGAAUCCGAUUCUAAGAUCGUUUUCAACUGAUAAAUUUUCCGCAGUGAACUCAUACAUCACAUCCUUUAUUGUGGCAAGGAGUUUGGACGUCAUACAAGCGCCAGUACUGUUUUCAUGGUGCAACUGCCCUUAGGGGCUUUCCCAUUUAGAGAGCAUAUCUCUGAAUCGGCUAGUCUUUUAUCGCCCUGUGUAAUUAAGUAGGAACUAACAGCUUUAAAAUCUUGACAAUUAUGAUGUGUGAUCAGUGACAGAUAGAGCCAUAAAAUUGUCUUGAAGAGUUUAAAAUGGAUUAAUAGCCAUGAUGUUUGCGACAUUCGUAAAUAAAAAAAGUACGCUAGAAGUUUCUAAGUCUAUUUACUAAUGGCUUAUAUGAGUAAAUGACUGUUAGUUAUGGCAGAAGGCCGGAGCCACUGAAUUCAGUCAUUUGUACGACGCCGCCGAAACUAAAUUUUAUCGAUUAAAAAGGAAAACAUUGUCAAACAACGAGUAUCUUGAUAGUCAGCUAGUUUUUCCUCUAUAAUAAAUAGCAAGGGCCAACAUACAAAAGAAAGGUGCCGGUUCCUGAUGGAUCUAGUCAGCAAAAUGUUUUGUAAGCAAACAUGUAUUUUAAAACAGCAAGCCUGACUGUACAGCUACGAAAUUAAAGAAAUAUAAUCUCAUAGCUGUACAGUCAACCUUCCUUUUCCACUCGGCUUUUUUCAACACCCGUUUUGGCUUUCAAUUUUAUGCAAUUCUCAAUUUUCGGAAAUUAAAUGGGUGCUCCCGGCGCCCUACUAGUAGCUUUCCUGCUCGGUAGCUUGAUUUAUUAAAAUGAUCAUCCUCAAUUUCCAAACUUAAAACAACAUGACCACAGGAAAGUACUCUGAGCUCAGUAGCCGGUAUUGGUUUCAAUGAUAAUUUGUUUUUAAGUCUCACGCCUUCUAAUAUACACCCACUGGGGACUAGAACAUUCUAUGAACCGUCGUACAACGUUUAAUAUUCACAUAUCAAACUUCUUAUCCUCAAAGCCUAUCACCACUCUAAAAGAACUAUUAUAAUAUAGCUGAAAACUCAUUCAUAACAAUGGGAAACAGAACCUGAUUUUAAAAUUAUUUAUUAUUAUAUGUCUCUUUAUCUUUAUUCAUCGCAUUCAGUUUACUUUAAUAGCGAUUUUUAAUCUGAUACUGCGUUUAUCAAUCUCUCUGGCAGUCGUUUUGGAGAAGGUUCUUUGUGAAAUCAAAAUUGAAGAAAAAGUGUAAAAUAUCUGAUUAAAUUUGAAAUCAUCGCAAGAUUUUAUUCCCUCACUAUAAGUCUAUCUCCACUAUCCGUCUUUCUUCGUAACAAACCGCAAAAAUCGUUUGACAUGUAAAUAUUUUCGAAAGGCCUAGGGGUUAUAGCCUCGACUGCACGCUAGUUCCAGCAGUUCGCUUGGCGAAUAUGACUUGGAUUUAUCUUUAAAAGCAAUUACUUAAAGGUAAAUAAAUCGAGUUUAAAACCAUUGCAGACUAAAUAUUGAUAUUCUCUCUUAAUUAUUUUAUUACAAUGAGCCGAAUUAACAAAGAGUGUAUUUAUAGAGAGAGGAAUGAAGAGUUUUAUCCACAAGACAAAGAUUUAUUGUGAUAAAUACGUCAGAUUAUUGUCUGAAUUUGUUCUUCUUCCUGGUGUUUGAUUCUCCUUUUAUGGUCAUGUAAAACUGGCUUUUAUGUUCCUUUCAAAUUGGACACUUUGGUUCAGUCCAAAUUUUGGGGACUAUUUUCCCUACCCUGUUACAUGUAUGCAAUUCAAUCGAUUAUUAAUAGUUCCAUUUUUGGAAUGUAAAAGAAUAAAAUGGAAGCUUAUUACAAAAGUAACUCAGCAAAAAUUUUCAAGCCUUUUAAAACGUUUACCUUUUUAAUAUAUAUUUUUAAACAAAAAUACCUUCCUCAUGAAAAAUGUACACCUAUCAUUAAACAGUUUAUUUUCCACAAAUCACGUUUGCCUUUUUGCUAUAAACACCACUGUUGCGGCGUCAUUAGCCACGUUAGUUCAACACAAUAAAACACAAAACGGUUGACAGCUAGAGCAAUUAAGUUCCUAUUUGCAUAUGUAAAAUGCGAAAUAUUUUAGAUAUCAAGAUAAAAAAAACUCACCUGCCUAACAAAUGCUUUUAUUGCAUAAGGUUGUGUGUGUGGAGGGAAGUAAAUUGUUGUGUACGCCGGGUGUUGAUUUUCUACGGUAAUCUGGGGGCCUUUGGAACAGUAAGUAUGUCUUAAUACCAAGUUAACUGAUUAUAAACAGGUGCUUUCUUAUCAAGCAAACCUUCCAAGAAACAAGCCCAGAACAUACACUUUUCACACCUUUUGAAUAACUUGAAGAAAUAACGAGAUCAAUAAUCGUUGAGAAUCAUAGACUCCGUACUUAAUUUAACGCCUUUAUAAUAACACUGACCUGUGUACGCUUCGCUACUUAACAUACGAAACUUGUACGAAAUGAAAGUAAGAUCAUACUACAGUUCAUGACAGCUAUACUCAAAAAGGCAAAUUCUUGAAUUAAAUGAAAGAUUAUAGUGAGAUCAGUUUUACUGUCUAAAAUGGUCCUAACCUACUGAGUCGUUGUUCAACUGCGUGCCGUAUAGUGCGUUCUGAUCUCACCCUUACGGUCUGCGAAUUUCGGAGCAGUAACUCAGGGCUAUCCUCAACACUAUUUUACGAAAUCAAAUUUUGAAACUAUCGGUGCAAACGUUUACCAAAGUGAUCAAUUUAAUUAAUUCAAUGUAAUUUUUCGUUAGCGACCUGGCUUUUCAGCCAAUGACAGAGCUGCGAGUUAAGCAGGGACCUAAUGCAACUCGACGGCAACAAGAACGUAAAAAGCGAUAUAGGUGGAAAAAGUGUGGUGCUCGUAUUGUAGCACACUUUUUAGUACUUCUCUUUGCCGCCUUUGCACACCACUAUACGAGGUGAAAUUGUCCAGUUCCUAGUUUUAUCGAGAACGCGAACAAACGACGGCGAAUUUCUCUUUAGUUUAUCUCGAUCUUUUUGAACGUCGACGUUAGUCUCGGCUCUCCAAGUCAAUGAAGCUCAACCAGUCAAGACUCUGUGUCAGCAAACAUGAACUGUCUAUGUUUAUCAUCACAAAAGAGAAAGUAGAUACCCUGGAUGCGCUUUCCAAACAAGUUGGCGCAGCAUUCGAGAUCAAAAGAAAUGCAACAAUGUUGUGAGUUGAAACUAUUGGUUCUCACUACACAUGUCUCAUCAUCUCCAAAAAGUGAAACAUGAUGUUGUAACUGUUUAAAUGUUCACGAGUUUUUGCCAAAUCAAUAAUUUUUAUCAAGAAAUUACAUUGUUACACUUUCUGUUUCCAAGCACUGUUGAACAUAGAUAAAUGGCCACCAUGUUUCCUUUUCCCAGCAAGCUACCAGGCUGAAACACUCUUUAAAUGUCAAGAAAAUGGCCUCUUUAGUUUCUAUCUCUAACGCUUUUCAUGCUUUCACCCUCAAUCAGGAUAGCGCCAAUACUAUACUACUUCCGAGAUUUACCUCGAAACCGAUUUUAUAUGCCACGAAACACGCAAACAAGCUCAUGAAAUUUCACCUGAUGACUUGAUUCCGGGCGUUCAGAUGAUGGGGUGACGCACGGUGCCGAGAAGACUAUUCCACGUAGCUCUCCUCUAUCUGAGUACAGGCCACAUUGAAUAAAUAGGCGUUCCUUCCUUUAUGAACCCUCCAUGGGAUUGUAAAACCAUUAAAAUGUUUGAACCUAACGUAUAAAUCAUGAGAAUUGUAACGAGAUGUUUUUAAUACAAACUGGUGGCUGGUAUUAUUUGCUCCGGAAUUUGUGCUUCGUGUGUGCCAAGGGAUUGAAAGGGCGCGGUCCCCUGAGGUUAUAGCCGAGGAAAUAAGCUUGGGUGGCAGAAAAGAGAGCUUAAUUUAGUAGAUGUGUCACGAAAUUCGUCGAAAUUCAAACAGUCCAAACCGCCCUAAAACUGGGUUUAACACAAAAAUAACUGGUCCAAACAUGAAGAAAAGGUAUGAAAAGCACAGCAAAUAAAAAAGAAGGCACAGAUGGCCAUCUUGAAAAAAAAUUAAACGGAUUGAAAUCACUGCCGGGUCACGAGCACUUUCAGUUUGAUAUCUUUUUAAAAAGCUGAAAAGUGCCAUCAUCGCAUCAACUAAAUUCCAAAAAUAAUGGUCCAGUUUUGAUCAUGAAGACUCUAUUCAGCCGUUGAAACUGUUUCCUGUCGCUGUUGCUACGGAUGGCAAGGAUGGACCUGGAUUGAAACUGUUUUAAUGGUUUGCCUGCAAAAAUUAUCAUCAGGACUUAAGCAAAGAAUUGACCUGAAAUAGCAAUAUCCUCGGUCGACGUUCUCAAAUAAUUUCAAAAACAGUUUUUAACACCAGUCUGUCCUUAGGGUGCUAAUGUUAUAUAAUUUUGAACAGGAGCAGUCCUGGAGAGAUUAUAGAGAAAGCUUGCUUUUGCAUGCCGCCAAGCGCUACAGGUCGUCGCUGAAGUACGAGGGAAGUGCGUGGUGGUAUACACGCGCGGAAUAUUCUAGGACCGGUCAAACACACGUACUUCAUGAAAUCGAUUGUAUGUGUGUGGCAUAACGUUCCUGUCUCGGGUCUCUAUCGUGACUUCACCGGAAAGACAGACAAACAAACAAACAAAACAGUGAAAAAAUGAAAAACAAAUACUGAUAAUAUUUUCGACUUCUUUAAAACACUGGACGAUAUGUUUGGGCAGUAGUUUUUCCUACUUAGUCAAUAUCACCUUGGUGCGAAAUUAAUAUCCUCCUUUGCUGAGGCUCCAGUGUCAAAUUGACGGGAAUAGUAUCUCAUCCUGAUUAAACUGCCUUCGAGAGCAACAUCCCGUCAUGGCAGGAGCAUCAAUCAAUGUCAUUGAGUAAACAACUGGUUUCAGCUCCGGCUCCGGCUCCCGGCUAAGUUUCUGUAUUCUUCCGAUCUUACCUUAAUAGCGAUCGUCAUUUCCUCUGUGACGGAUGCCGUAAAACUACUUUCUUAUAAACAACUCUCACUGCCAAGAGUUUGCCAAUUGGUGCAACAACUCAUUAAAAACCACAAUAAGCCUUUUUGACCUUGCGGUAAAGGUAAGGUAUCUGAGCAACGGAAAGAACCAAGCUGGUAGGCUGGGUUCAAGUGAUUAUAUGCAGGAAAUAACAUGACGAAAGCGAAUGCUGUCACCUACGAAGGCUGAAUAACGGGGUGAAACGCCAGUUUCUGCAUGAAAUAAGAAUUAAACGAAUAAACUCUUCCGCUGCCGUAAGCAUUUAACAUUCCAAAAUCAUAAAAUAGCAAAGUUACACGGAUUGGUUUCAUUAACAGAUUCCAGGGCUAGUGCCACUUAGAGUACCAUUCACACACACAUUACCGGCCGAAUAACUACCUCUCUAAUGCAAUCUGAAACCGAGCUAAAAACAGUCGUAAUUUUUUCUUAUGCAAGACCAAAAGACUGCUGCCUGCACUCUGUACCCAGGGGUGAUCCCUAUAAUGGCCUAUAUGGGGGGGGGGGGGGGGGCCCCCCUCCAAAGCCGACGCCCUUUUUUGCCGCCGGGGGAAAAAAAAAGAGGGAAAAUAUUUUAUUUAUUAAAGUGAGAAAGGGCUGUUUGUUAACGCCCCGGUCUUUUUCCCCAAACAAAGGCAAGGUUUUCCCUUCCCCUUUCUAAUCCAAAAUAUAAAAAAUCUACACUUUUUUUUUAUGCCCCAGAACCUAAAAAGGGAUCGUGGCUUUAAUGUGAGGGCCCCCCCCCCCCCCCAUAUAGGCCAUUAUAGGGAUCACCCCUGGGUACAGAGUGCAGGCAGCAGUCUUUUGGUCUUGCAUAAGUCCUACACAUCGAACACACACCCACCACAACACCACCCCAAACAAAACCCACACUCUCAAGAAAAAAAACACAAACAAAAAAAAACUUGUUUUUUUUUUUGACAAACAAAAACAGCCCCGGCCCCCCCCCCCUCGCGGGGGGGGGGUGCCCUAUAGCGUCGUGGGGGGGGGGGGGGGGGGGGGGGCUCUCCUCGAAAGGCCAGGUACCAUUUUCAGGCUCAGGCGCAUAAAAAAAGGGUAGAGAUUUUAUUAGUUGAAGUAUACGAAGGGGAAGGGAAAUCUUUCCUUUUGUCUGGAAAAAAGGCCCGGAAGGUCUUACAGAUUCAUUUCAUGGCUUUGAAAAAGUCGAAAAAACGUUCUGGCUUCGUGAUUUAUUCAUAUUUUUUUUCAGACAGAGCAUAUUGAAAAUUAAGGGAUACAAAGUUCUUAACUUUCUAGGUGUGUGAAAAGGGUACCAUUUGUCGAUGGAAGGUAUACGACAGGGGUACCUUUUUUGUCAAAUAUGUUUGGACCCAGUCAGUCCCCAACCACCCCCGCGCCAAAAGGCGGCUGCAUCAAAUCAACCUGUUUUCUUUUUCGUACAUUGAACAUGUGCUUUAGGAAGCGAAAUCUUGUGAUCCUAAAAACAACGAUUACUUGGCAAUUUUUGGGUGAAUAUGCCAUUUCAGGUCACAGAUGUGUGAUGUCACGAUUUUAAUCUUGACAUCAAAACGCCGUAAUUUAAAAAUUACGGCGUUUUGAUCCACCUUCAAAAUUUUAAAGUAGCAAAGGCUAAUAAACUUCACUGCGUGGUGUCUCUUUAAGGUCCACAUUUUUAAUCUUUUGUCAGCUUAGCACCAUGAGCACAGCGGGAUUUGCUUUUUCUGUCGCUCUAGACAUCAAACAAGUGUUUUAUCAAAGUACAUUGUCUCGAUCACUUCUAAUUUCUCGCCCCAGUAGCUUCUCACCUCUGGUUGGCUGUGUGAAAAAAAACAACAACGCACCAGGAUCACUUUGACGUUUAUAAGGUGAAAAACAAAAACAACAGGUUUAGACAAGCGAUUGAAAGGACAUGGCUGCCGUAUAAAUGCUGGGUCGCUAGCGAGAAGAUAUAACGAAAAAAACGCAAUCUUCUUGUUUGUUUUUCGCAUAACACCCACGCGCUUUGUGAACAUUUCCGGAUUUUUUCUUUUUUAAAUGCCUUGACCUUUAAAAAAAUAAAGCAGCGACUUCAUUGACAGCGGAGGAAAUAAAGGCCUAAAGGUGACGUAGAUGUGACAAUUGAGUGAUUUGUUGUAAGAAUUUUUAUUGUAUCAAACGAUGACAACAAGGUUCAGUUGUUUACAACGCCUGUCAAAUAAUCUACAAGGUUUUCACCAUAAAACUUCGUGCGGCGAAUGUUGGACAAGUAUUAAUUGAAGGUUUGUUUACUUUAGUUGGGUAUAUGACUCAUGUUAUUUUCUCCAGUGACCCUAAAAUGUGGCCCAAUUAAGUAUUUUAGACGGUUAUCAGUUCAGAUUGCAUCUGACUAAGUGUUUUCCAUUAAACAAAAACAAAACAACUGGCCAACUGUCGUGGCCUUAGUCUGUUUCGUCAUUGUAACGUGUUGUUAUUAUUUGGCUUCCUCUUAAAAUACACCAAUCAGUGUUUUAAAAAAACUUGACGAGACUUAAUGCUAACUGUAGUAAAACUCACGUCAAAGUCUCAGGACAUUUGUUUUUCUUUCAAUGCAGGCUAGAUGUUCCCAGCCCGCCAUGCCAAACAACAGAACAGCAAAUGCAGUGAGGCCUGGUCUGAUCGUAGAAUCUCUCUUCUUCGCUUUACUAAGUCUUGUCAUUUUGGCUGGAAAUACUCUGGUUUGUACGGCGAUUUACAGAAACCGAAAACUGAGGACUAAAACAAACUACUAUUUGGUUUCUCUGGCUAUUGCCGAUAUCCUGGUGGGAGUAUUUUCAGUACCUUACUGGGUCUAUUUUAGAUUAGGUAAGUAACACCAAUUAUUUAACGCAUGGUAGCAAGUAAAAGUAGAGAAAACAGUGGCCUUACUUAUUUUUUAUAGACAAAUCUGGCAGCUAUUCGGGUUUGUUAAACGGUCUGUCCAAAUAUAAUAAAGAAUGCUACAGAUCGGCGAUCAGUCUUAUCACACGUGAUAUUUUCUUUGAGUUGAUCCCGACUCGAAGACAGGGGCGAUAAACACAUUACGAAAUCAGUUAGAUAGAAUUACUAGCGUUAACAACUUCAUGUGCUUUCUUUACGCGUUGUAAAAAUAACCGGCUUUGGUUGCAAAUCUACAUCAUAAACUUCAUAUACAGAUCUUAAUGAUGCUCGAUGGCCGGGCUCACCAGACCAGCGAAAAAUCUCUCAUAAUUAACUUAACAGUACCGAAAAGAUGCUUCUAUUUCGUAUAAAAUUCGGAAAAUUGCACCAAUUUUCAGACUUGAAAAUCUGCUUGUCUUCCCAUUUGCUAGACUUUGGUGUUGUCAAUAUAUCACUGAUAAAUACACGUAGCAAUAUUAAACAGCAGGGUUCAGUGUAAUGCCAACAACAAAAUCCCGUUCACGUGCAGAAUGCAUACAUAUAGGAUAUCUCCCUUUUCGCGUGACUUUUUGCUACGUUAAGAUCAAUUAAUCCCUGAUCGCGUGACUGGCUUCGUCAAGAAAUUUGUAACCAGAACAUUGAAGUCUUUAUAUCGAGAUUUGCAAAUACCCCAAGUUUUCUGCUUAAUAUAAAACAAAGAAUGAGAACUUGUUUGUCCAAAGUAUGGAUCUCCCAUCGCGCGGAUCCUCAGUUCUAAAGUCUUGUUGUGAUUAAGUGUUUUAGUUCAAGUCAAGGCAAUUGAAAAUAAUACUUUGUUGGUCCAUAAAGAGAUGAUUGAAGCGAAAGAAAGUUUCCAAAAAUUUGAGUAAAGAUUUGCCAAAGCGGGAAGCGGACCAGUCUUUCCGUUUCGCCUUGAGCACUGAUCCUGUCUCGGAAAAAUGUUUUUUCGGCUUCCCACAGGAAAGAAGGCGUUAAUUACCUCUACAAACCUUUGACAAUACUUAAAUUUUCAAUUCUGGAAAGUUAUUUUUCCAAGAAAAAGUGUCACUUUAAGGGGAAGGAUUAAGUUUGAAAAAAAAAUUAUUACUGAUUUAAUUUUGGACGAGUGUAGUCAUUGAAUCACGAGAAUCAAUUUGAAUACCACGGAGUAUAAACAAGUCAGUAUGAAAAUCAAUCUGAUUACACAACAACAUGUCACCAUUGAUAUAUUGAGAAAAUGAACUUUUCGUCCGAUUUGAAAAAGUAAAUCACUGUUUAGCAGUGAUUAGCAUGGCCUUGUAAACUUUUUCAGAAUACUCAAUAUACUGAUUUCUCAGUAUAUUCUAUUCAAAAUGUCCCAGUAAUUGAAAAGCUCGCCACCGGCACAAUGUUAAACAGAGAGCAGAUGUUAUAUUUAAAGGACUCAAUUGUUGCUUAGUACCAGCAAACUGAGCGAUUUUUCAGUUUUCCGAAAUAAGCUUUCAGAUACGCAGAAAACGCGACCUACAGGACGCUUCUAAGCACGUCAACUGUGUUCCAGAAAAAAAAAAUAAAGCCGGAGAAAAUGUCUUUUGUUACGCCAUCAGUGUCUCCGUAAAGUUUACACUCAAUGACGAAGCCCAUUCGCGAAAAAUUCAAAUAAAUCUCUCUAUUGAUUUAACUCAGUGAUGACACUGGCACCUAUUACAACAAAACAAGUCAAAUGUAAAAAAAACGGCCUUCCUUGUAACUUCGAAAAUGGAUACAACAACUGAAGAAAUCGAGUAGGGAUCAUCGCCAUCGCAGUAGUCUACUAACGGGCCAAGCGAUUGAUGAAAACGCCCGUAAUGCGCGAGCGACUUUCUUACUUUUUCGCACAAUCCUUGUAACAGAGCCUGUCCGCCCAAUACUUUUUCCUUUAUUGUCUUGUUUUCGAUUUAAGGUUUUUUUUUUAAUUGAGAGGAAAGAGGAGAAAAAAGGAAAGUAUACCACGACUUUGUCUGCGAGUCCACGGGCGCGUGAUUUUUUCGAAACCGCAAACGCAAAUUUUACUGCGUAAAGAAAAUAGAGGCAAUGUAUAAAAGGUCGCACGUAAACGUAGGACUUGAGCGGGGUUCAACUUUUACGUUUACGUGAGACGUUACAGCCUCUAUUUUAUUCACGCGCGUAAAAUUUACUUGCGUACGCACCUGAAAAUUACUCGACAGUGGAACUCCACCCUUACUGGCAUUCAUCACAUUUUCGGGGUCCAAUUCACUUCACAUUGUGUAUUUCCAGCCUUUUAAAAAGCUCAUUAAGGAAAAGCUAGUAAUGUAAUAAGAGCGAGGAAUAUGGAGAGAUUUCUUUCGUCAGUAUUAACGCGUAAUUUUGCGCUACAUGGGAACUUGAAUUACAAAAGGGCCUUGAAAGCGGUGGUUUUUCUAAGAUGUAGAACAACGAUCAUAGUGUUUACUUGUAGCCCUACAAAUUAAGAACUGUCCUAUAUAGCCUGCUUGCAUUUCCUCAGGAUUGUUGCGCACGGGGCAAGCAUGACACGUGCACGUGCGAGCGCAGGUCCUAAUUAGUAAUACAGGAGGGCGGAAGAUUCCAGAAGGAGGAACAACCUUACGUCGGGUUUACAUGCAGAAAUUUCGGCCCGUGUGGUUACAAGAAGAGAAGGAAUUAAAAAUGGCGGGCGACAGUAACAAAAAUGCAAUUUGGGCCCUUCUGGUCUUUUUAAGUAUCCACAUUAGCGAGGUUGACGUUCUAUGAGAAUCUGUUGAUUGGGCAAGAAACGAGUGUUCGUUGGCCGCAUUAACGGCUGUCCGUAUUAAGCGGGUUGAAUUUAGAGAAAAUGGUAUGAGCUUUUCCCAGGAACAAAGAAAACUGUCUUUAAUAACGAGUUGUCCGUAUUAAGCUGCUAUCCUUAAAGCGGUGUUCGACUGUACCUUUCAGCAGAAUUAAGAAGCUUGUCAGUGCUAACGCCAAACGAAACUUUUGGCCUUUAUCAGUUGCCGUGGUUACCCUGACUCAACGACCCGCCGCCAUUUUCCCCUGGUUUGUCCCUAGUACUCGGAUAGCGAAAGCAGUUUACACGGCGCACAAACCUUCCUACCUCUCAGCAUCGAAUAUCCUAGUAAUAAGAAGAUCAUAGCUCUAGGGACAAGUACAACCCUAGGUCUUUGCAUGUAAACUGAACGCAGGAAACAUAUGGCGCUAGGAUGAUCCGCCUUCUACGAUCUUCCUGGUGCUAGGAUCUUCCUCCCUCCACGUAAACAACCCCUAAAUAUGAGGCAGAUUUUCAACCAGUCAGAGGCACUACCCAGAUAUGAGUUUCUGGGCUCGUUCCUCAGACGUCGUUGAGCGGGGAAAACAGCUAAAACAAUCGCGUCGUAAAAUAUUGGCUGUUUUCUCGGGCCAGCUGCGUGCUGCGAGGGAGACUAGCUGCGUAGUAGACAAACUGGAAAGAGGCAGCUUGCUUGCUAUUUGCAGCUAGAAUCUGAACAGCCCUUCUCGCCGCGGCCAGUAGUAUAAAUGUUAAUGUCAGGCGUUUAUCUGCUGCACUGUAAGUUGUGAUUCUGUGUUUGAGUGGGGUUCAAGUGAAGAGUUUGAUGAAGCUGAACGCCAUGUAUGUUAUAGUUAGCUUUUAGCUGUCGUGAUCACCAACAUUGCGUUUUAAACAACUUGACCCUGGCCUUUCCACCUAGGAAAGUGUACUUUUUAAAGCAACUUCACCCUCGGGCCUUCCCACCAGUUGUUGUUCAGUCUUGCGGCUUCCGCUAUGAGAGGCUUUUAAUAUCAAGUGGUGUAUAUGAAUGGUUUACAAGUGUGCUCAGUUGCCUUCCAAAGCAUUUUGAUAAAAUCAAAUUAACUGCUUAGACUAUAAGGAUUGACAAAUUCAAUGAUUCAGCGAAGUAAUUGAAUUUGUGGUGAACUAUGAAUCCAGAGUCAACAACUUUUCUUUAAUCUUGUGUUUCAAUCGCCUUUCAAAGGCGGAUGUUUUAGUAAGAAAGGGAAGGGUUACUUAAGGAUGUAAAGGUCGAUAAAGAUCAUCUUUCUUAGUAAAAAAAAACAAGCGGCCAUUUGAUAAAUAAUUUGGUUAGGACGGAUGUUGAGUUAGUAAAUUUGGCAUACGAAUUUAGCUAGGAAGUUAAUUUUACAUGAGCUAUUUCUUUUCAAGUUGGCCCUAAUCGUAAACAGCCUAAACGCACUAUCAAUGAUUCGUUAGUCUACCAUUUCACGUUGCAGAUCACAAUUAUAUCAUGACCUGAAAACAGGCGUUCAGGUCUUCCAAGUGAAAAAAACCGUGCUUUUCUACAAGGAAAGACCUUAGGUAUUACUUUCAACCUACGUUUACCUAUAUCUACAAGAUAGAUGCGACUUCUAAAACUGUUUCGUCUACCAGUCUCAUUGAUUAAGAUCAUAGUCAUCUCAAAGUAAAUCCAGCGGCUUUGAUGGUCAACGGCAGGAGCUUGCACAUAAACUACUUAGACAAAACUUGUUAUCAAGUGGCCUACUAUCUAAUAUUAGGGACCUUUAGAUUAGAUUGCAGGUAUGAGGUAAUAAAACCAUUUUUGGCAUCUUACUCGGAUGAACAGAUACAAAUCAUAAAUAUUUCCAUGUGUUCCAGUAGCAACAAUUAGUCGUCUGUCCUCUUUGAAACGAGUAGGAGCGAGUACGAGUUUUCGAAACAAUGCAAGUUCAGGCGCCUUAGGUAAUAUAAAUGUCACCGACAGCAAUCUUGCCCUAAAAUUUCUUUAAUCGUUAUGUGGUGGACAGCAACUGAGUAAGGGAUGAGAGUGUCGUGGAAAUAACGUCUUUGAAAUUUUAAAUCCGUCAGUGACUUGCAAACAAAAGGUCGCUAUUCUCUGUUGCGAAGGAGACUUUCUAAGGCCUAUUGCAAACAAUGUGCUAUUUAAUAUUGUCAUGCCUAACUCAAUUCAUAAAUUAUAAAUAUACAUUAGAAUACAUUUAGAAGCUCACUAAACCGCCUUUAAUUUUUAAGUUCCGUUUUCUGCAACAGCUUAUUUAUUCGACUGAGUUAAAUUCAAAGCCUAAAAACCAACUCUUGCUACAGUCGCCCUAUAGUCGUGCAGAAGUUGAGCAGCUUAGAAGACUUAGAACGGCAGUAACACGACGGGCCACGAGAGAGGCCACGAAUUCAUCAGUGUUUUCACUACAGUCAAGUGUCACCCACUAUAAAUAAAUCCUUUACUACUCUACUACUACUACUACUACUACUACGACGACGACGACGACGACGUUUGAAACAGGCCUAACUCGUUCCCGGCACCUUCUACAACUUCUUUCACCCGUCCUCUAGAAUGUGUACACCUGCCUCGUCGUCAGUCGCCCGCCGGCUAUCGUCUAUUUGGGUGUCGAUGUCCCGUUCUGAGUUCACUCUAACCUCUUACGCUUGGAAAAGCCUGUGUAGGGGGCAGACAGGACAUAGCUAGUAACGAAAACUGUUCAGGGCGUAAAGAAUCCUCUUUCUGUAUCUCGCAAUUUGUGUGAUUCGAGCAGGUAGUUUUUCUGUUAGCACUAAGCGUCAAACAAAAAUAAUAAUCAAGUAAGCGGGUAAAGUGACUUUAUUUUAAGAGGGGGAUACACAACAGUGACAGCAGUUACUGAUAAACUUGUGGUCGUUUCCAUAAGGGACGGACUAUUAGAACAGUUAGGGGAAGGGUGGGGAAUUUUCGAGGCGCAUGAAUUUUUUUAGGCCUUUGUAUGAAUAUUUUUUAAGGGUCAUUUGGCGUGCAUGACUUUUUUCUUUUAAUUUUCCCUUACGCGAAUAUUUUUUUCCUUCGCCCCCCCCCCCCCACCCCACCCAUAAGCUUUCUACUAAUCUGUCUCUAAGCUUAGGACACUCACUUCCCCUACAGAGGUAGAGUGAGGUAGAGUGCAAAGAUGGAAUUCAUGAUUACUAAUGAAUUUCUGUCUGUCUUUUUUUUUAAUGAACAGUCAAUCCUGAUAACACUGGCACAGAUACAACGGCCUACAAAGUUUACCUUGUUUACGACAUUUUGUGCGGGACGGCGUCCGUCAUUAAUCUGGUCAUGAUCAGCCUAGAACGUUGUAUUUCUGUCACACAACCCGCGAUACACCGGAACUUGUCACGCACCACCAUUGUCAUAACUAUCGUGGGUGCGUGGAUAUAUGCCCUCGUGGUCGCAUGCGUCAGUCAAGUGAAUGGAUCUUCUCUUAAAUGGUAUCCACCGUUCGUCAGUACUGCUAGCUUUUUCUUUCCUUUGUUCAUCAUACUAAUCGCUUACUCAUUAAUUUACAAAGUGGCUCAAACAAGAGAACGCGCGAGACGAUCGCGAUCUCUCGCGCGAGAAAUCCGCAUUGCAGUGACUUUGGCAGUGGUGAUAGGAGCCUUUGUAGUUGCAUGGUUGCCUUUCUUUGUCACGUUGUUGGUACUUUAUACUUGCAAGACAUGUAAAAUAAACUUCUCCGUUAUCGUCCCCUUCACCAAGUGGAUGCAUUACAGCGGUUCAAUGGUUAACCCGGUCAUAUACACGCAUCGAAAUAGAGAUUUUAGGCAAGCUUUCACUAAAAUCGUGCUUUCUUGCGGAAAAAAGCACAUAAAUAACUUGUCUCAACCUUCCAAAGCUGGUGUAGUGGUGACUGGAAAUUUUGCGUCAAUCGUCAAGGAAAGCUCGUUGUCAGGAAGUGAUGACAACAACGUUACGCUCGCGCGCACCAAACGAUCAAGUAGCUACACGCUUGCGCAGGAAACAAACGGUCAAGUGAUUCUUACUGGCUACCUCAACAACGAAACCAUAGCUUAA